UUGUCCAUUCUCUAAAGCUCUCUGAGUUUUCCCUCUCUUCAAAUUUCAAAGUUUCCAUACAUAUCCCACUCUCUCUCUCCUCCGCAGUGAUCCUCAGUCGCCGCCUUCCUCACUUCGCCGGCAAAAUCUCCUCCGCCCUACUUCUUCAGCGGUUCCUCCAUCUCUGCCUCUUCCUCCGGUUGCAAAUUCUCUCUCUCAUUGUGAUUCCAUUGACACAAUCACCGGCCACACUUUUCUCAGGCGUCUAGGUUCAAAAACUCUUGAUCUCGCCAUUCUCCAGUCGACCGCCAGCCGUCGCUCUCAGAUAUGGGUGUUGAAGAUUAUCAUGUGAUAGAGCUCAUAGGUGAAGGCUCUUUUGGGAGGGUGUACAAAGGAAGACGAAAGUAUACAGGCCAGACCGUCGCGAUGAAGUUUAUAACGAAGCAAGGAAAGAGCGAUAAGGAUAUACAGAAUUUAAGGCAGGAAAUUGAGAUAUUACGAAAGCUGAAGCAUGAAAAUAUUAUCGAAAUGCUCGACUCUUUUGAAAAUGCGCGAGAGUUCUGUGUCGUCACCGAAUUUGCCCAAGGUGAAUUGUUUGAGAUUCUUGAGGAUGACAAGUGCCUUCCCGAAGAGCAAGUCCAAGCAAUCGUAAAGCAGUUGGUAAAAGCAUUGCAUUACCUGCAUUCGAAUCGUAUAAUGCAUCGUGACUUGAAGCCACAAAACAUUCUUAUUGGCGCUGGGUCCGUCAUAAAGCUAUGUGAUUUUGGUUUUGCUCGUGCUAUGUCUGCAAACACGGUGGUCUUGCGAUCCAUAAAAGGUACUCCCCUAUACAUGGCACCAGAGCUAGUCAGAGAACAGCCUUACAACCACACUGCUGACCUGUGGUCUCUUGGUGUGAUAUUGUAUGCAUUAUAUGUUGGUCAACCCCCAUUCUUCACCAAUUCAGUGUAUGCUCUUAUUCGUCAUAUUGUUAAGGAACCUGUUAAAUAUCCUAACGAAAUGAGUCCCAAUUUCAAAAGCUUUUUGAAAGGAUUGCUCAACAAGGUACCACAUAAUCGACUAAGUUGGCCUGCUCUACUUGAGCAUCCCUUUGUUAAAGAAUCACCAGAUGAAAUACAAGCCAGGGAAAUUCAUGCUGCAGGGCUUGAACAUAAGGCGGCUUGGCGACUCAAUGGGAACAGUGUCCAACAGCGAACUGAAAAAUGCGACUCUCUGGCCACAUUUGAGAACACCACUGUUUCAGUUGAAAAUGACGUUCAGGCAACUAUUAAGAAUGCUGUCAAUGUAAAUCCUCCAUCUCCUGAGGAUAUCAGUGGAUUUCCAAGUCAAGGGGAGAUAAAAAGUUCAGGUAAUGCAACAUUAGACAGAUUGGACAAUACGUCCCGCACAGUUAAAGGUGCCAAAGUUGUUGUUGAAGAUGAGGGAUUGGGUCUUGUUUUGAUGCCAUUGGAAAGAUGGUUUAAACCAUCGCGAGACACUAGCAGGAACAAAAAUGCUGUCUGGUCUGUUCAGUCCCUCAGGAUCCUUUCCCAUUUGGUUGCAGCUGGUGCCACAGUUUCCAGGGAAGUGAUUGACAAAAUAACUUGUGUACUACUUGAUUUUACUGCUGCUCUUGUUCGGAUGAAAUCAUUGGAAGUCUUCAGCAACAUAAUACCAAAGAGUUUUUCUGUGAUUAGAAGCUUGGUAGGACAAACUGGAGUCGGUAGCAUCCAUAAUUCUUACAUCAGACAUUGGACCAAGUUAGUGGAUAUUUAUAUACAGGUUGUUGGAUGGGGAGAUGGAAAUGGGAGAAUUUUAUAUGAGUCCUGUGCUUGCCUUUCAACGAUGUUGUCUCGAGUUGCUCAAGAUCUCAAAUCCUCUAGCACUGUUUCUGCUUGCAGCAGAAAUGGAGUAUCUAAACAAAUUACGGAGCAUGCUAAUAUGUCCCGCCUGGUUGAUCAUUUGUGUCUUUGUUUGGCAUCUUCUGGAUCAAGUUUGUCUUGUGGUUCCUCAAACAUGUUGCCAGCUGCCUGUGAAGCUUGUAUGGCAAUAUGGAUACUCAUAGAUAAUUCUGAAACCCUAUUCAAGAAUGGCAAUGUCAACGGAUUCCCUAUAGAUGCUUUGCACAAUCAUCAUUUUUCUCAGUUUGAUCCAAGUAACACAGAGUGGGGUCCAUUCUCUGAAAAACUUGUUGAGACGGUAACAAAAGCGUUUCUCAGAACAAAACAUGUGCAAGUUGCUGUCAGCCAUUGUCUUCGCCAACGUGUGGAGGUUCCAAUGGUUGCUGCAAUACAGAUUUUGUCAAGAUGCUGUCUCCACAAUGGAAUCGUUCCUAGUGUGCUUUGUGGUCUUCCCAGUUCACUUCCUGGGACUACUAUUGUCAGUGGCGGAGAAGAUGGUACCAUUAUUUCAGAAAUAUUUUCUAUAUUAUCUUGUGCUACAUCUUCAAGCAAGGAAGUACACACAGGAGACAAAAAUAACUUGAAGUGCAGAUUAGACAAUGUGGUCGUCCAUUCAUGCCUCUUUUUGGCAACAGUUGCUCAGUGUUUGAAGUUAACCGGGAGAAAUUCUGCACUGUUUAUGCUCACGACUUCUCCAAAGAAACAUCUACAUCGUCUUUCCGCCAUUACAAAUCACAUUUCGUCGGAUGAUAAAAUUGGAGCUUCUCUUCAGAAUCACUCUUCAUCAGCUAUGCUGGCUUUUGCGUCCAUUCUCUCUCUCGAAAGGGGACCUUCUGUUGAAUCUUCUGUCUCUGAGAUUGCUGUGCCUUUGAUUCCUCCGGUUGCUACACUCUGUUCUCAUCUGCGGCUUAUGCCAAAUAAGGAAGGUGAAGUCGUAUCUAAUUGUUCUGAUUGUCAUCUUACCAAAUGGCAUGGCUUUCGAGAUGGAUGUAUCGGUUUGUUAGAAUCCAGGUUGAAAUGGGGAGGACCAGUGGCUGUGCAGCAGCUGAUUGCUAGUGGUACACCUUUGCUUCUAAUACAUCUGUUAGCUGGCAACUUUUCAAACGCUUCCCCUGACAGCAUAAACCAAAACCCCAACCUGAUUGGCUUAUCCCCUCUUGGUGUUUUAUGGACCGUUUCAUCAAUAUGCCACUGUCUUUGGCGCAGCACUUUAACUUUUCAUCAGGUUCUUGGUAAGAGUGGAAACCUGAAACUGAUAUCAGGUUUGAUGUCUGAUAUUCAUCUCAAGCUGGUAAAGAACUGGGGAGGACCCGGGGGAGGAAAGGACGGAGUAAGAGAGACAGCAAAUGUGUUAAUCGAUCUCCUAGCAUUUCCCUUUAUUGCUGUGCAGAGUGGGCCGGGUUCUCCACCUGCCACUGCAUCUGUAAACAGUGGAUUCAUCCUCAACAUGGGUUCGCCUGGUAUGAGAGUGUGCGUGGAAGAUAGGGAUUUGGUAAAAGCAAUGGAAGAAGACAUGGACAGAUACAUUAAGGCUCUCGUGGAGGUGGGAAUGCCCUGUUUAAUGCUCCGUUGCUUGGAACACUUGGAUUUGAAAGAUUUAGGAAAACCCGUUGCAUUUCUAGCAAAAAUGGUGCAAUGUCGGUCUCUUGCUGUGGAACUUGUUAGCAAAGGCUUAUUGGAACCUAACAGAAUGAGAAAGCUACUCAACCCUUCAGCCCCAAUAGAAGUCAUACUUGAUACACUGAUGAUAAUAUCUGAUCUAGCAAUGUUGCACGAGGCCUUCUAUAAAUAUAUUGGUGAGGCUUCUGUCUUGGAGCCCUUAAAGGAAUUUCUCGUUCACGAAGAUCCAAAUGUACGCGCAAAGGCGUGCAGAGCUAUUGGGAACAUGUGCCGAUACAACGGAUACUUCUACAGUUCUCUUGCGGAACAUCAAAUAGUCACUCUCCUCAUCGAUCGGUGUGCUGAUCCUGACAAACGAACACAAAAAUUCGCAUGUUUUGCUAUCGGUAAUGCUGCCUACCAUAACGACAUGUUGUACGAUGAACUAAGAGGGUCUAUACCACAACUGGCAAACGUCUUGACAUCGGCAGGGGGAGACAAGACAAAAGUGAACGCAGCAGGUGCAUUGAGCAAUCUUGUCAAAAACUCCAACAAGCUCUGUCAAGAUAUUGUCUCUAAAGGAGCUUUGCAGGUUUGUAGUUCGCCUUGAUUAAGUGGUUAAACUCAUUUUAUCCCCGGAAAUCUGACUCAAAACGUUUUUGCUUCAU